CCCGCCACCCUGCUCCUCCUGCUAUUAGCGCGGAGGGAGGGGCUGUGCUCGCGCCGGCUGCGGGCGGCGAGCGAGGAGGAGGAGGCGGAGAAGGGCGGCGGCGGCGCAGAGAGUGCAUGUUACCAUGGCGAUGACUGCAGGGACUACAACAUCCUUUCCCAUGAGCAACCACACCCGGGAGAGAGUGACGGUGGCCAAGCUUACGCUGGAGAACUUCUACAGCAACCUAAUUAUCCAGCACGAAGAGAGAGAAACAAGGCAGAAGAAACUAGAAGUGGCUAUGGAAGAAGAAGGGCUUGCAGAUGAGGAGAAAAAACUGCGCAGGUCACAGCAUGCUCGCAAAGAAACAGAGUUUCUGCGACUGAAGAGGACGAGACUUGGCUUGGAUGACUUUGAAUCUUUGAAAGUUAUAGGAAGAGGAGCAUUUGGGGAGGUACGUCUCGUUCAGAAGAAGGAUACGGGUCAUAUUUAUGCAAUGAAGAUACUACGAAAAGCAGAUAUGCUGGAGAAAGAACAGGUAGCCCAUAUCCGUGCAGAAAGAGAUAUUUUGGUUGAAGCAGAUGGAGCCUGGGUAGUGAAAAUGUUCUACAGUUUUCAGGAUAAAAGAAAUCUUUACCUGAUCAUGGAGUUCUUACCCGGAGGUGACAUGAUGACCUUGCUAAUGAAGAAAGACACCUUAUCAGAAGAAGAGACACAGUUCUACAUUUCUGAAACCGUGUUGGCCAUAGAUGCUAUUCAUCAGCUGGGAUUCAUCCACAGGGAUAUUAAACCAGAUAACCUUCUGCUGGAUGCUAAGGGUCAUGUAAAACUGUCUGAUUUUGGGCUAUGCACAGGUUUAAAGAAAGCUCACAGAACUGAGUUCUACAGGAACCUUACACACAAUCCUCCAAGUGACUUCUCAUUUCAGAAUAUGAACUCAAAGAGAAAAGCAGAAACAUGGAAGAAGAACAGGCGACAGCUGGCUUAUUCUACUGUUGGGACCCCAGAUUAUAUUGCACCGGAAGUAUUUAUGCAGACUGGGUACAAUAAACUCUGUGACUGGUGGUCUUUGGGAGUGAUCAUGUAUGAAAUGCUAAUAGGGUAUCCACCUUUCUGUUCAGAAACACCGCAAGAAACUUACAGGAAAGUUAUGAAUUGGAAAGAAACUUUGGUAUUUCCUCCAGAGGUGCCCAUUUCAGAGAAAGCAAAGGAUUUAAUUCUAAGGUUUUGUACCGACUCAGAAAACAGAAUUGGUAGUAAUGGAGUAGAGGAAAUAAAAAGUCAUCCAUUUUUUGAAGGUGUGGACUGGGGACAUAUCAGGGAAAGACCAGCUGCAAUCCCUAUAGAAAUCAAAAGUAUUGAUGAUACAUCCAACUUCGAUGAGUUUCCUGAAUCUGAUAUUUUACAGCCAGUGCCAAACACAACGGAGCCUGACUACAAAUCCAAAGACUGGGUUUUCCUCAAUUAUACCUACAAGAGGUUUGAAGGGCUCACGCAGCGUGGUUCGAUCCCUACCUACAUGAAAGCUGGGAACUUGUGAAACAAAACCCAGACCCACAGAAGAAAUAAAAACACAAACCUCAGGUAGUUGCAUCACCAGACCCGCUUGGCGUUAGUUAUCAAUACAUUGACUGGUGCGCAUCAAUUUCACAAGGAAAUUCUACAGGAUUAGGAUUUCUAAGACUACUACAGGAAUUAGUUGGCAGUGCCAGCUGGCUUUUUUCUUUUUUUUUAAUAUUUGAAUAUUUUUGUUAACUUUAUUAUACAAAGGUACUGGAAUAAAAGGAAUGUACAUCCCUUUGUAACUGCACUAUGUGUGUAUAAUGGUUAAUUAUGCCUCUCUGUCCUGUGGCUUUGUUUGUACUGUAAACUGUCUAAUCCACCCAGGAGUAAAACACAUCAUUUUACACAGUAUUGUUAUCAUACUGUUUACCUGGUGGGUUUUAGAUAUGCAGUAUUAAAAAAAAAAAAAAUUGCCCACAUUUUCAAAAUUCUCUGAGCAGUUGCUCAAGGGUGUUCCAGUUGUGGUCUGCAGAUAUACCCCAUGAGUGUGGCAAUAUUGGAUUAUUCUAAAUAGCAGUGUCCUGUGGGGCCUACUUGUACCCUGCCUAGCCUCGUUGCUCCCCGCUGGAGGGUUUUGUGAGCAGAUUGUCCCUUAUUGUGGGGGAUGUGGGGCAGGAAGAUGGUCCAUGUGAUCUGUAUAGUGGCAUUUCUGCUUCAAUUGAUAAUUAAUGGGUCCUAUCACUGAAGAUGAUGAUACUGUUCAUGAUGAUGAUACCUGUUGACAGCUUCAGAAGAAAAAAAGGAAUCUGAGUAACAAUGACAAAAACUCUUAACAGGUUUGUUUUUUCCAUUACCAAGUUCUGAAAAUAUGGCAGUUUUCAGGAUUGCAUUUCAGCCUCUGUUGGAAGGCAGAUAAUCUUGCUAUUGAGAAUUUAAAAUAUCCUUUUCUGUCUGAGAAAAACUUAUCCUAGAGAAGUGAUCAAAUGGCUGCUUUUUCUUUUUCAUCUCCCUAAGAAGUUCCAAGAAGGGCUGCUGUUGCACCCUUUUCUUUCCAGGAUACCUGUAGCAGCCUCUGCCAAACCAGAGGAAAUGGAGUGCCCAACUAGACUCGCUCUUCUGUGGGCUCCAGCUCUUUCUAGUGUCUCUUCCUAACGUGGACCAUGGGAUUAUAAGGGAUCAGCUGAGUCUGAAGCCCAGUUACCAGGAACCACAAACAACUGCGACUGAAUCAGGCAGAGCACCUACACCUGUUCUCCCCACUCUGCAAGAUGGUGACAAACUGACAGUAGAGAGGGGUCUCCUUCCCCUGGGUCAAGGAAACCAAAGCAGAAAACUGUGUACUGGCUAUGAUUUUCUUCCUGAGCUACAUCCCUGCCUGUACUAGCAUAUUAUCUUCAGUACUUUGAAUCUAUCACAAUACAAUGGAAAACUUUGGUAUCAUUUUCUGAUUACAAAAGAGACUUACAGCAAUGAACAAUUCACCAGUAAUUCAACGAACAGAGUCACUGUUGCUGUCUUCCUGCUUUGAACACAAGUGAAAGGCAUUCUAAAGCCCCCACAACACCCAUCAGAGUGAAGCACAGGAUGUUUUGGCAUGUGGUAGGGAAGACUCCAUUAGACUGACUUUUACAGCAAAAUGGAAGUGACUAUUUAUAAAGCUUUUACAGAAAUAUUUAUUGCUGUUAGGCACCAUGGUAUCAGCUGUUCUGAAUUAUUUGUAUGCUUCAAAAACAUACUUUGGAGUGUUCAUCUGUUGCAUAAAAGUCCAUUUACCAGAAAAACUUCUGUGCAUCAGCAGCUUACUGACAAUGUAUGUAGUCUUCCCUGAUCCAACAGCUGCUAAUUUCUUCAAGGCCUUCAGUGAUGCCUUUCCUCCAAUACUUUAUCUUCCUUCAAGCAUCUAACAUCUGCUACUUACGCUGCUUUUCUACAAAAGAAAUAGCGUUCAGUUCAUCAAAGAAGAGUAUCCAGUGCUUCAGGGCCCACCCAAUUUAUAAAGUCAGAUUAUGGCUGAGCUAAACUUUGCCUAAAUGUUCAAUUUAAGUGGGAACAACUAUGUGAUCUCCUAGUUUUUCUUCACAAACCUUACGCUAAUUAACACCUCUUUACUGCUACUGGGACAAGAUCCUUCAGAAAUUCUCUGGUGUUGUCUUUAGCCAUGUCAAUGCAAUGUAGUGAAGGUCAACUGUAUCCAUCCAGAGACUGUCCAAAGCCAGUAACUUAAAUCCACCUUUUUAUACUUUUGCAUUUCUUUCUGCCACUGGCGUAGCAGCUUCUGAGAAAAGGAAAUUCCUUUCCUGACAUUCAGUCCUUUCUACCAAGAUGGGGGAGAUUGGGCAGAAUAUAUACAAGAUGCAGACUUUGCCUCAAAGGGUACUGCUAUUCAAAAAAGAUUUUUUCUUAGUUUUAAUUUCCAGUCUCAUUCAUGGGGUCACUAUAUGCACCAGAAGUGGAAUUCCUGUGAACAACACAUUUCAAAAGACCACAAUUACCCUUUUGUGUAAUAUAAAAAGAAGUCUUUGCUUGAAUUUGCGAAGACAAGAUCAAUUUCAUGGAAACUGCAAAUGCUCAGUAAUACUGGUGUUUUUUUGUUUGUUUGUUUGUUUUUUCCUGCAGAGUUUGCAGGAGGGGAGAUAAAUACACUCUUAAUUUAAAGCUAUCUAAUAAACUGUCUGUACAUACUCACUGGUUUACAAACUUGGGAAACAGCUGAACCCUUAUAUUCAUAACACUAAAGAUAAUACGCAUUUAAAAUUGCAGAUAAUUAAACAUAUCAGUGCUCACAUAGGAGUUGUAUCCUUCAGGAAACAGCCUGCAGCCUAUUUAGCAUAAACUCCUGUAUUGUGGUAGUUGAAUUUAUUUCUUUGAAAACAAUUAUUUUAAUCAAGAAGUCAAGUCCAACAAAAUGUUAACUACUGCUUUUAGGAUUAUAGACUUUUUUAUUUUUUUCAAAGGUAAAACUGUGACACUAUAAUAGAUUAAAAAGAACAGAAGGUUAAUCUGCACUGGCUUUCAAAAAAUGGAAGUGCAACAUAUCUUUUUGCUUUAUUUUUGUCUUAUUCCUUUGGAUGGUCAUUUGUCUUAUUCCUUUGGAUGGUUCAUUUUUUUUCUCCUUUGGUGUUGUUUGUCACUGUGCCGUUUAUUUUUCUUAUUCUUGGAGUACCAAAGAUCCUGAAAUGGCUUGAUAAUUGCAACCAUGUGAAAAUUUAUUUUGUGGAAGUAUGAUUUGUUAACUUUUGUUAAAAUGUGGAAUUUUGUAUGCAAAUUCUUAUCAGAGGUUUGCUGGGAAGUUAACCUAUUCCAGCAGGGAAAACCUGAGUGCAGCAAUGGAAGUAGUGAGCCUGAAUCUAAAUUCUGGAUCUGAAUACGCUGAAAGUGGGGAGGAAGUUUGAAUUAGAAAACACAUCUGAGCUUUUGCACUUUGUUCCAUCUCUAAUCAGCAUGAAUGCGUGGCCUUAGGUAUAGGACAUAUGCAUUCAUUCACAUGCAAAAAGGAGUUAAAAUAAUAAAAAAAAAUUGCCAGCAUUCACAAAUCAAAUAUUGUUGAUACUGCAUUUGCACUGUUAAAUUUGCUUUGCUGGAGCGUUACAUGUUAGUUUUAUAGGUCAAGGGUUAAACAGCUGAGUGGUUGGAUACAGUAUGGAAUAAUAGCAUCUGAUAUGGGUGAAUUCACCAAAGUGCAAAGGGGCUUGCUGAAAGCUCUCCCCACUACUAAGAGAAAUGGGCAUAAGCAGUACAAAGGGUGUUGUGUCAGCUCCUUGUAACAAGGUGACUUUCCUCCUCUGCAACAGCAAGUAGGGAAUACUGCAGUUUAGCCCAGUUAUACUCUAAUGCUUAGGAAGUGCUCUCACUUUUUCAAUAUGAGCAAUUACAAGCACUGUAACAUACUGUACCUUGUCCUUUUAAUGUUGAUAUAUUACAGCAGCUCGUUCUUGGAGUCAAAAUGGCAACUGCUAUAUUUUUCCUAGACUGUUUCAUUAGUUGUGGUUGGGAAGGUUAUAUAGAAGCAUUAUAAAAUUUAUAUGAGGCUUUUUACAGCAUUUGAAAAUAAAAGUAGCAUUCUUUUUGUAAAGUUGCAGUUUUUUAUUUCUUUAUUUUUACAGUAAUGUGUUGGGUUUAUUUCUUUUCCAGAAUGGGAGACAUCUAGGGAAUUGAAACACUGUUUGGGGGGGGGUUUCAUUGUCAGUGGAAUUGAAGAUGAGAAUGCGCGUCACUAUUCUCAAUCAGAUGUACAGAGAGCGAGAAUUACCUGACUGGUACCAACUGCAGUCACAAGAAGCUGCUUCUAAAAGAGCUACCACUCUUCACAGGAGGCUUUCAUCUCCUUCCCUGGAGAUCGUAAUUUAGUCAAGAAAGGCUUCCAUGGACAGUUGUUCUUCAAUUCAUCACAGAAAUGUUUUUGUCCUAUUGUUCCCAAUUCCUUACUGUGUUUAGAGCAGUGGCAGCAGAUGCAGUUGUUAGGCAUUAAUGUAAAACAUUUUAUUGAGGUGAGCAGCUGAAAGCAAAGCUACCCGCUGAGUAGCCCUCCAAUGAAUAACAGCCCUCCUCUGCUCAAGAAUCACUGCUCUCAGUAAGCUGAUGCAAUUUGAACAGGAUCUUACAAAUUCUAUUUAAUGCAAUUACACUUUUCUUCCGGUAACCAGAGGUUAUCUUGCACUGAGCUACAUCUUGUAAGGAACUGCAGGCUUGGUUCUUUUUCUCCUUGCAUUUCCAAAUUCAGUAUUUCUCAAAAAUACAGCGCCUUAAAUAUAAAGGCUAUACCUUCAGCACGUGCAAAUAUGUUUUUUUCUAAGUUGACCACUCAAGCAAAUAGUAUAUAAUUUAGUGUUUAUAAAACAUACUGCAAAUAUGUUGUGCUUUUUUUUUUUUUUCUGUACAGUGUGCCUUGUAACCAAAAUGAUUAUGCUUUGGACAAUAAAAUGUCUUUCUGACAAUCUUCUUAUGAAAAGUGAAGGAAGGAAUAUUCAAAAUGUUCUGUCUUGCUAAGGGGUGUGAUGACAGUAGUGGUUCCCAGCUCUGGACUAGACAAGGGUGGACUUGCAGUUCAGGCAGUGCUUAAUGUAGUUCUUUAGGUUAAUUUUAUUUACUGGGUAUGUAAACUUUAAUUAUCACAGAGGUUCUAAAAUGCCUUAUCCAAUAGCUGAAUUUCAAAAAUGAAAGUUGGUUUGAAAUGUGCGCGCUGUACUAGUGUCACCUGUCAGCUGUGCUGGGCUCCGACACACCGGAUGAGUGUCUGGCUAAAGGAGCUUGCCGUCUGAGAUACCAGCUCCAGCAGCUACUGGGGCAGCUCAACGCUGGAGAAGGGCAGGUUCACAUAUAUGUAAUGGAAUGAGCAUAUUCUUUGUCAGUUGUAAUGGUCCUGAAGUCUCCUAAGAGGAUUUUAAGUUUGUUGUAUUCUUAAUUACCAAUUUUUCUCCU